AAAAACAUUGGUUCCAAACGAAGUCAGUGUAAACGUUUUACUAUAAUGCACUGAUUUGUCGGAGGGAAAUUGUUUAAUUUGUAGUUGAUCGUUAUCACAACAGAACAAACAUGGGUUUUUAUAAUGAAUAAAAUGCAACAACACGUUGUGACAAAGCAGUGAAUUUUCAUUUCCAGGUCAGAGACGGGAAUAGAAAGAAAUAUCAGUUGUUGUUCCGGGUACGUAGCCAGCAGGACUGCACAUGGAGUGGAAGGAGCCAUCGCAAUACCGAGAAAGCGAAUUGUCUUUAUUAUAUUAUUAUACACUGUCAAACACGUCAGCAGUGACAUUAAGUUUAUGAAAAGGCGCUGAGAGGAUGGAGGUGGAUGGCGGUGAAUUCAUCAGCUCCCCGAUAUUUAAGACUGUGAGGUUUGGGGGGACUGUGACCAAUAUUCUAGACAAAUUCUUACAGGGUGACACCAAUGAUUAUGAACUGUUAAAGCACCAACUCUUAGACCCAGACAUCAAGGAUGCUCAGAUUAUCAGAUGGCUUCAGGAGUUCCGGAGCUGUGUCACCCACCUGACCAAGGACUUUGAACAGCUUGUCUCCGUCAUCCUGAGACUGCCCUGGCUAGGCCGAAGCCAGGAUGUGGUUGAAGAGUACUUGGCCUUCCUGAGUAACCUGGUCUCAGCCCAGACUGUCUACCUGAGGUCCUGUCUUAGCGUGACUGUCUCCCACUUCAUACCCGGGAGAAUUGUUAUCAAGGAAGGAGAUGUGGACAUUUCAGACUCGGACGAUGAUGAUGAAAACUUGCCCAGGAACUUUGACUUGUGUCAUCGGGCCUUGGAAAUUAUAGCCCGAUAUGUUCCUUCAACGUCCAGGUUUCUUAUGCCAAUCCUCCGUGAGAAGUUUCCUUUUAUCAACAAGUCUGCAAGAACAUUGGAGUGUUACGUGCACAACCUGCUGCGGAUUACCGUGGCCUUCCCAGCCCUGCGGCAGGAGAUCCUAGAGCUGGUCAUCGGAAAGCUGCUCAGACUGGAUGUAAGUGCCCCGCGGAGUGAUAUUGAGGACGCAGAAGAGAAUGCUGCCCAGGGGGCUGAUGGGAACGGCCAAGAGGAAGGCCUCUUCGAUAUGGAUGAAGAUGAGGAAAAUGUGACCAACUCCUCCAGGCCUCCGGGGGUCGAUGUGAUGGCUCACGCUUCGGCUGACCGGCUGGAUAUUCUUAUGAUGGUCCUUCUGGCAUACAUCAAAGACCUCAGCUAUGUGAAAGGCACGCUGGAGCUGACUCUCACUAAGGAGCUGUAUCGGGACCUGAUUGCUGUCUUCGACAAGCUCAUCCUUCCCACGCACGCCUCCUGUCACGUGCAGUACGCCAUCUUCUACCUCUGCAGCUUCAGACUGGGCCUGGCUGAAGCCUUUCUGGAGCAUCUGUGGAAGAAGAUGCAGAGCCCCAGCAACCCGGCUGUGAUCCGGCAGACUGCUGCAGGCUACAUCGGCAGCUUUCUGGCCAGAGCUAAGUUCCUCCCCUUACCGACAGUGAAGGCAUGCUUGGACCUCCUGGUCCCCUGGCUCCACCAGUACAUCGACAGCCAGGAUGCGGGUUCGAAAGCUUUUUGUGACGUGACCCUGCACGGGCCCUUCUACGCUACCUGCCAGGCAGUCUUCUACACCUUGGUGUUCAGGCACCGGCAGAUGGUGGAGGGGAACCUGCGCAAAGGUCUGGCAUACCUCCAAAUGCUGAAUUUCGAACGGAUAGUAAUGUGCCAGCUGAACCCUCUGAAGGUGUGCUUACCGGCUGUUACAAACAUGUUUGCAGCAAUCACGAGGAAGUACCAGCUGGUGUUCUGUUACACCAUCAUCGAGCGCAAUAACAGGCAGAUGCUGCCGGUGGUGAGGAGCAGUCUGGGAGGGGAUUCCCUGACCGCCAACGCCAACCCUCUGGACAGCUUCUUCCCCUUCGACCCCUACCUGCUCAAGAGGUCAGGGAAGAUAAUCCAGCCCAUUUACCAGGUCUGGGAGGAGGUGAGCAUGUGUGAUGGGGAUGAAGCCAAGCGUCCGGCUAAAAAGGACUCUGUGACAGAGGAGGAGGAUGAUUUCCUACGAGGGGAGAGCCUCCAGAGUGAGGCAGUGGUGGGCUUGACCCCUGGCUCCUAUGAGUCUCACAUGCGCAGUCCCAGCAGCAUGGGCUCGUCUCCCAUCGCCUUCCUGCAGCGCCCCUUCUGACACGCCCCUCGGUCAAAACACACGACGGGCGUUAGUGAAGCAAAUGGGCAGGACCGUGGACACAAAAAUCUUUACUGCGUUUCCAUAUUUCUUUAUGUGUCCCUUUCAGGAAAGACAAGCACUACUAAUUUCUUUUUAGGCACUAAGUUGCCUCUUGAGUUGCUUUGAUGGGAAUCUGUGUAAACCUAACGUCAGUAGAAUCGUUUUGGAACCAGAACAGCACAUCUGGUAUCGUUUUUUUUUCGGUUAAAACUGAAAAUCUGAAGCCCUAUUUAUGAUUCAACGUUCCUUUCAGGGCCAGCACCUGACACUCCUUAGACACCUUUAACAGGUGGGAGGGAACAUGUUGGGUUAGAAUCCACUGGUACUGUAUUUUCACUUGUUGAUUAUGACUCAGUCAAUCCCUUAGCCAGCUCUCUCUGGAUAGCCAGUAGCAUACCUCUGCACAAAGAACUGGCCAGACCUAGCUAUUCUAAUAUGGUACCGUUUCAAAUAAACUGCUAGACAGACAGGAUGUGUUGUGUGUAAAUAUGUAUUUUUAUAAAGAUAUAAAUAUGUAUCUUUAUGUUGUAAUAACCUAUUUCUUCACAAUUUCAUUAGUAUGGCACUGAAAUUAAUUUACAAAGUGACAUCAUUUAACAAACAUUAUUUAAAUACAAUCUCUUUUAGAAAUCAUGUGUAGAAUUUAUAUUUUUAAUUUCAAAAAUACAGAGGGAUGUAUACGGCUGAAUCUAAAGGUUUUAUUUAGGAUUUGUUGUUUUAUUAAAUUGUGAAACAUGAAUAUAAAAAAGAUUUCAGAGACAUUUGUAUCAAGUUGUAACCACUUUUGCCAGAUACAUUGAAGUGGCGUUCUUUACAAAUGUGUGUAUAUAAGGGUCUGAAAAUUAAAAAUAAAAUAAAUAAUAUUAAAGAUAAAUAUUAAUUGUAUGUUUCAUAUUCAAGGUGGAAGUUACAAACUUGUGAUGAAACUGAAACAGACAGGCACCUAUACUGCAGGAGCCCAGCCUUGUGCUUGAGCCAGAGCUUGGGUCAAUUCUAAUUGUAAUUGUGCAAUUUUGUAAUUCAUUUAAAUCACAUUGUCAUUGUAACGGUAGUUGAGUCUUGGCACACAGUUACAGUUCAAUUACGCAUGUAUUUUGUCAUUUGAUCAGUGUAUUUUCAACCACUUUUGGUUAUAAAAAAUAAGCUGUAGUGUAUGUUUCUGUAUUUGUACCUGUGAUUAUUGCUUGGUUAUCAAUGUGUGUAGUUGUUUGUGUUACUUUUUUGUGUAAUUGUAAUUACUGUCUGCAGCAUAAUUGUAACUAAUUGUCAUUUAUCACCUGUGCCCAUAGUGUCCAUAGAUCAAUUACUGUGAGCACUGUUUAUUCCAUUGAUGAAUGCAGUGCAUUGUGUGUGGAAUAUGCAACAGAAUGGACAACGUCAGCUGGUCAGAGCUGGGCAUGGCUGUUUUUAAUGUUUUUUUUUGUUUUGUUUUGUUUUGUUUUGUUUUUGUUUUAAAAAACUUUCUAGAAUGUUGUCUGCUUUAAAUAUAGAACAGAAACAUUUCAUGAAUAACGUUCAUUUAUGAAAAUAUAAUUUGCAGGAUAACAAUGUAUUCAUCUAAUUUAUUGGCCCUUCUCGGUUCUAAAAUCGAUUAAAAUAAAUAAAUAAAUAAAUAAAUAAAUGUCUGUAAGGAGAGUAA